UGAGGGCACGAAGCGGAAGUGGAAGCAGAAGCAGACAAUGGCCAACAAUGAGAUGAAUCGCGUUGCCGUCGUCGUAGAAGAACUCCUGGCACUCGACAAACAGAUUCAGAAACUCCUGUCCAGACGAAGGUACCUUAGGGAUUUGAAGGCUCGGCUGCUGGAUAAAUCAUCCUCACCAUCUGAAAUCGACGUAACAUCAACCCCGCCUUGUGCCGCUCAAGUAAGCUUCACCCCCGCACCUCGUAGGAGCGACUACGACACCGACGAAGACCUUGGCAUGUUUCAGCUAUGCAGGCAGGGGUUCAAGGCUAGAACACCUCCAUCGGCACAGGCGAGCAUCUCGACUCAGAACCGAUUCAACCCUCUCCGCAUCCCCAGUUUGCCUUCAACCCCGGGUGAUGUAAUAGUUGUAGGUGAUUCGAUUGUUAGAAACCUCAAUAGCGCAUGCCCUAAUCGGAAAUCUUUUGUUUCUUGUUUUCCCGGUGCUUGUGUCCGAGAUGUGAUGAGACGUGCGCCGACAAUCUAUGAGAAGCACAAGAAGAGGGCAGUUGGAUCCGUUGUAUUACACGCCGGCGUGAACGAUGUAAGGCACCAACAGUCGGAAAUUCUCAAGGCUGACUUCGCAGCACUAAUUAAAGACACGAAGGAGAGGACCCCAUCGGCAAAGAUCUUCAUUUCGGGUCCACUAACUCUCACGAUCAAACAAGUACUACAGUCGUCUGCUAGGAUUAAACAACUGGCUGCAGGGCUUCUGCAAGAAUCAAGACAUCAGGUUCAUCAACAACUGGGACCUCUUUUGGGAAAGACCGCGUUUUUUCAAGCGAGAUAGCCUGCAUCCGAACAGUUUCGGCGCCCGGGUCCUCUCCGAAAACAUAUCUAAGGUAAUUCGUUUAUCUUGACUAUCUAUCUCUGCUCUUAACCCCUUCCGAAAUGCUACUGCUGUGCUAGGACAUGAUAAUUGUUUAAUAAAAUUUUCCAUUAAAGUGCACAACAUAAAUACUGUAAUUACCAAUCUCGAUGCACGUAGAAAAUCUAGGCAAUACGGCAUAAACACCAAUAAUUUAAUUAAAAUUACUACUUUAGAUGAACAAUGUAUUAAAACUAUAAAAACAGAUUAUAGAUUAAACAAAAAAUACACACAGAACGGCGCUAAUAAAAAUAACUUAGUUCCUGUUCCAAAUAUCAAUAACGCACAUAGUACUCAUCUCUGCCCCUCCUAAACAUUAAAUAUGGCACUAUUAAAUAUUAGAGCUUUAACCAACAAGACGUUUUUUAUCAACGAUCUUAUUAGUGAUAAAAAAAUAGAUUUUAUUGCACUAAGUGAAACGUGGCUUAGCUCAGAUGG